UUCAUACAUCCUUAAACAUGAACCCCAAAUCUCCGAUUCCAAUCCUCUUUCUCGCCAUAUUCUUUCUUCCCUGUCGAUCAUCGGACGGAGGCGGCGGCGGCGGCGGUUGCAACCAAACCUGCGGCGGCCGGACGCUUCCUUUCCCGUUCGGAUUUUCCGCCGCCUGCCAUAUCCGCCUGAAUUGCUCCUCUGACGCGGCGGUCCUCGCCGCCGGAUUCCCCGUCCAAUCCAUCUCCGGCGACACCGUUCUGAUCAACCUCCCGCCGAUCUGCGGCCGCCCCGUGGAGGAGCUCCGCCGCCUCUUCACACAAAACUACGCGCCGACGUCGCGCAACGCCGUCCUGUUGCAGAACUGCACGCGCCGCCCCGCCGCGUGCUUCAUCCCGACCACCGACGUCCGUACGACCUUCCAGUUGAACGACUGCGGCGGCCGGAGAAACGACAGCAUCAGUUGCUACUCUGAACCGGCGAUCAACCGGACCGGGUUCAUCGAUUACGAGAAUCUCACCCGAACCGGGUGCCGGUCGUUGUUCUCCGCCAUAUCGACGGAGGAUUUUCCGGCGGGAAGUCCGCCGUCGGUCUCCUUGGACGUUCAGAUGAUGAGAAUUGAGUGGUGGCUUUUGGGUGAUUGCCGGUGCUCCCAAAACGCGAGAUGUGUUAACGUUACGACGUCGUUGGAAGGGAAUCCGGCGGCGUAUCGCUGCCGGUGCCGGGAAGGAUUCGCCGGCGAUGGAUAUUCCGGCGGCCUCGGCUGCCGCCGGAAUGAAACCCAAAGAUGCAGCCGACCGAAGUUCAUCUCAUUACAUUGUGGACGCACCGCAAAAAUUAUACUUAUAGCAGGAGGUGUGGCAACGAUUACUUUACUCAUAGCCUUCUUCACUCAUCUCUUUUUCCUUUUUCGGAGCCAAUUGAAGCUCCGGAAAGGCGCCAAAAAACUUAAAAAAUUACGCGACGCCGCCGGAAUAUCGAUCCCCGUCUACUCCUACAAGCAAAUGGCGGAAGCCACCGGAAACUUCUCUGACGAAAAAAGGCUCGGGACCGGCGGUUACGGAACCGUGUACUCGGGAAAGCUCGACCGCGACGAAUGGGUCGCGAUCAAGAAGAUCAAGCGUCGAGACUUUUCCACUAUUCAACAAGUUGUCAACGAGAUCAAAUUAAUCUCGACCGUCCAUCACCCGAACCUCGUCCGCCUCCUCGGCUGCUGCAUCGACGCCGACGAGCAAAUCCUCGUCUACGAAUUCAUGCCCAACGGGACGCUAUUGCAGCAUCUCCAACGGGAACGCGGCGACGGGCUCCCGUGGCAAGUCCGUCUCGAGAUCGCCGUCGAGACGGCGCGAGCCGUCUCGUACCUCCACGACGACGCGGUCCGACCGCCAAUUUACCAUCGGGACAUCAAAUCGGGCAACAUAUUGCUCGAUUACAAUUUCAAAUCGAAAGUCGCCGAUUUCGGGCUGUCGAGGGCCGGGAGGAUCGACGGGUCCCACGUGUCGACGGCCCCGCAGGGCACGCCGGGAUACGGCGAUCCGCAAUAUCAUCAGCAUUUUCAGCUUUCGGACAAGAGUGACGUGUACAGCUUUGGAGUUGUGCUGGCGGAGAUCGUGACGGGGAUGAGAGCCGUCGAUUUCGGCAGGGCCGGGACCGACGUCAAUUUGGCGGCGAUGGUGGUUGACCGGAUCGGGACGGGGCGGCUCGACGAGAUUGUCGAUCCUUAUAUCGUUGGACCGCCAGACGGCGGCGACCAUGUUCGGACAAUGAAGGCUGUCGGAAAGGUUGCGGAAUUGGCUUUUAGGUGCUUAGCUUUUGCGAGGGAGAUGAGACCCUCCAUGGCUGAAGUUGCUAAUGAGCUUGAACAGAUUGGGAUGAGCCGGUGGGAUGAUGGUGAGUCGGAAACGACGUCGUAUUCGUCGUCGCCGUCGCUGGCGGAUGGACUGCAUUAGAUUGCGUUAAUAUGUGUAUGUAUGUAUAAAAAUACAAAAAGUUUAAAAAAUAAAUAUA